AUGGGUGUCCCCGCCCUCUUCCGCUGGCUGUCCAAGAAGUAUCCCAAGAUCGUCUUGGGCAUGCGUGAGGAUGUUCCGACCAAGGUUCGCCAGGAGGAUGGCCAGAUUGUCGAGGUCCCCGUCCAGUUUGCGUCUGCGAACCCCAACGGGUUUGAGAUUGACAACCUGUAUCUCGAUAUGAACGGUAUUGUACACCCAUGUACCCAUCCCGAGGGACGUCCAGCUCCCGAGACCGAGGAGGAGAUGAUGGUCGAGGUGUUCCGCUACACUGAGCGUGUCGUCAACAUGGCGCGCCCGCGCAAGGUUCUCAUCAUGGCCAUUGACGGUGUCGCGCCGCGUGCCAAGAUGAACCAGCAGCGCUCGCGUCGUUUCCGCGCCGCGCAGGAGGCUGCCGAGAAGGAGCAGGAGCGCCUCGAGUCUAUCCGCCUGUUUGAGGCCAUGGGCCACCCCGUCUCUGAGGAGACCAAGAACAAGAAGUCUUGGGACUCGAAUGCCAUUACGCCUGGUACCCCUUUUAUGGACCUUCUGUCCGCAUCCCUCAAGUACUGGGUGGCCGAAAAGCUCAACAACGACCCCGGAUGGAAGGACCUCAAGGUCAUCAUUUCCGACGCGUCCGUCCCCGGAGAGGGAGAGCACAAGAUUGUCGACUGGAUCCGUCGUCAGCGUACCUUCCCCGACUGGGACCCCAACACCAAGCAUGCCAUCUACGGUCUCGAUGCAGACCUGAUCAUGCUCGCGCUCGCCACCCACGAGCCCAACUUUUAUGUCUUGCGUGAAGACGUCUUCUUCCAGGGCUCCAAGGGCCCCCAGGCCUGCCGCAACUGUGGUGGUCUUGGCCACUUGAGUGCCAACUGCCGCAAAGACAAGCAGAUCAAGGACCCCAACGUCGUGGAAGAGGCCAAGCCCGUCGACCCCAAGCCGUUCCUUUGGCUCGACGUGGCGUGUCUUCGCGAGUACCUCUUUGUCGAGCUCAACGUCCCAGCACCUUUCCCCUACGAUGCCGAGCUGGCCAUUGACGACUGGAUCUUUUUGAUAUUCUUUGUCGGUAACGAUUUCUUGCCCCACUUGCCCUCGCUUGAGAUUCGCGAAGGUGCCAUCGACGUGCUCCUCAAGAUUUGGCGCGACGAGCUCGCCCACAUGGGCGGAUACCUGACCAACAACGGCAAGGUCAACCUCGGGCGCGCACAGCACAUUCUCGACGGCAUUGCGUCGCGUGAGGACAGCAUCUUCCAGCAGCGCAAGCAGGACGAGAAGCGCCAGGAGGCCAACCAGAAGCGCCGCCGUAUCGAGGAGCACCGCAGGCAGGACCGCGAGGCGGGCAUUGUCGACGACUUUGGUGCCGCUGGAGACGGUGGACCGGGGACGAUGAACUUGAACGGCACCGACUACGUCCAGGUGUCGGCCCCGUCGACGCGUGGCAACUUGCCCCCCAAGGUGGAGAACGCGCCUGCUCCCCGCCCCGGCAAGAAGCUGUCGUACGCCGAGCAGGCCGCGUCCCUCAAGGCGGGCCUGGCUGCCAUGAGUGGUAGCAACGCCGACGUUGUCAACAACCGCAAAGCCAUCCGCAUGGCCAACGUCACUGCCGCCCAAAAGCUCAAGGCCGAGUUGGAGGGUGAUGGCGACAAGCCCGAAGGCGACGAGGCCGAGGCCAAGAAGCCCGGCGAGGCCAUUGAGGAGGAGGACGCCGAGGAGGACGCCGACGGCGAAGGCGACGACGAGGAGGCUGCCCAAGGCGACGUGUCCAUGACCGAGAGCGAAGCCAAGCGCGGCCAGAAGCGCAAGGCCGACGACGAUGAGGACGAUGACGACGCAGAGGGUGGGGAUGACGACGAAUCACCCGCCAACCCUGGCGACGCUACUGUCCCCAAGAAGAAGCUCAAGGUCAACCCGGACGGCACGGUGGACUAUGAGGACACUGUCAGGUUGUUUGAGCCUGGCUACAGGGAGCGCUACUACCGCCAAAAGUUUGGUGUCGAGCUCCCCGACGACGACUUUAUGGCCAAGAUCACCUACCACUACAUGGAGGGUCUCUGCUGGGUUCUCGAGUACUACUACCAGGGCGUCCCCGCUUGGGACUGGUACUACCCUUACCACCACGCUCCCUUUGCGCAAGACUUCAAGGACGUCGGCAAGCUCAACAUCCAGUUCAAGUCUGGUAUCCCCUUUACGCCCUUUGGCCAGCUUCUCGGUGUCUUCCCCGCCGCUUCGCGUAUCCACCUUCCCGAGCCUCUGCAAAAGCUCAUGACCGAUGAGGACUCGCCAAUCAUCGAUUUCUACCCCGAGGACUUUGACAUUGACAUGGACGGCAAGAAGAUGGCGUGGCAAGGUGUUGCGCUGCUUCCGUUUAUCGACCAGAAGCGUCUUCUCGACGCGCUCAAGAGCAAGGUCGAGCUGCUCACCGCCGACGAGAAGCGCCGUAACAAGUGGGGCGACAGUGUCAUGUACAUCUCGGGAGAGAACCAGCUGUUUGACAUGUUUGCCAACGACCUGUACGGCAUCAAGCCCGUCGUCGAGCUCCCCAUCGACACCAAGCUCUCGCACGGUGUCUCGGGCAAGGUUCGCGCCGACCCCAAGUGUGUGCCGCACUCGACCCUCGAGAGCCCCCUCGUCAGCAUCGCCGAGUGCCCCGACCUCGAGACCAACUCGUCCCUGUCGGUCCGUUACUUCUUCCCCCAACAGCUACACCGUCACCGCUCCCAAAUUCUGAACGGCUUCCGCCCCGCCAGGCCCCGCCUCAACGAAGCAGACAAGGACCGCAUCCGCCGUGGCGACUUUGACACCGGCUUUGGCGGCGGGCGUGGACGUGGGCGUGGGCGUGGAAACUAUGGUGGUGGGCCAGGCCGCGGCGGUUCGGACCGUGACCGCCCUCCGCGCGGCAACGCCUACUCUGGCUCGCACGCCCAGCCCUCUGCCCCACCUCGUAACGCCUACGGCGGCCCCCCUCCGGGCUACGGAGCCGGCGCAUACGGCGGCGGUGGCUACCAAAGCGGCGGCGGUGGUGGUGGUGGCGGCUACGCGCCCCAGCAGACCGCUUACGGCGGUUCGCAGCCCGCUGCAGCUUACGGCGGUGGCGGCUACGGCGCGCGCGGAGGAUACGGCGGCGGAGGCUACUCGCAGCCCCCGCGCAACCCAUACGGCGCCCCGCCUCCUCCCAGCUACGGCCGCCCCCCAGCUAGCGGGUACGGCGGGGGAGCGUAUGGUGGAGCUGGACCGAGUGGAUAUGGCGGCGGUGCGUACGGCGGCGGCGCGUAUGGAGGCGCCGGCGGCGCGCCUGGAGGAAGGGGAGGAUACGGCGGCAACCAUAACAACAACAACAACUAUGGUGGCGGCGGCCGCGGCCGUGGUCGCUACUAG